UUAUUUGUAUUUCACAUGUUGUCCGCUGAUCUUUCAUUUCAUCAAAGCGGAAUGGAUCAGUUGAGCUCCGAGCAGGGAGCGGCCCCUAAGCCCGCCGCCACGCCAGAGAGGAGCAUCAUCAGUGGAGACAACCUCCAGUUCGGCAAGCUGCGUCGCCACAACCGUUUGUCUCAGUCAGAGAACCAGAGCUCGGGGCCCGAGGAAGAGUACUUGGGCUCCUCUGUGGAGGCCGGCGGAUCCUACGGACGAAGCCCCGCCACCCACAAGCUGCAAUCGUCCUCUCCGAGGAGCCCCAACUUCAGGGGGCACUGGGCCAAGCGCCACCAGCAGGACGGCGCUCAAAUCCCAACGGUGAAGUCAUCCGGCACCCCCCACCGGCGCUACAGCCGGGGCCGCUACCGCUCGUCGUCUGAGACGGAAAAAGGAGGCCGAGGGAGCAGGGAGCCCAAGUUUCGGAAGAAGGGCUUCUCUGAGAGCGACAACAGCGCCAACAUGAGUGGACUUCAGUGCCUCACUGCCGAGAAGAUCUGGUUUGACAAGCACCGCUACGAUGAGGCCGAGAGGAUGUUCUACGAGGGUGCCAACGGACCCGCCCCCAAGCAACAGGUGAAAAGCGCCGUGCAGCAGCACAAAGGGCGACCGCAAAAGCGCCAGCACCGAAACUCGUCUUCGCAUUCAGGCGAUCAGGAGCUGGUUGCCCGCAUGAAGAGCCUGGAGGUGGAGAACCACACUUUACACAAAGUGGUGGGUGAUAUGAGAGCCGCCCUGCAGAAGCUUGAGGCCAGAGUGGCUCAGCUGGAGAAGAUCCCCGCAACCGCUGCCGGCUCCACAGUCAAGGCUGCUCCCGUCAAACAAGUGGAAGAAAAUGGGGAUGACGACGACGACGUGGACUUGUUUGGCAGCGACGACGAAGCUGAUGAGGAGGCGGCUCGUCUCAAGCAAGAGCGUGUGGAAGCUUACACAGCCAAGAAGGCCAAAAAGCCAACCCUGAUCGCGAAGUCGUCCAUCUUAUUGGAUGUCAAGCCUUGGGACGAUGAGACUGACAUGUCCAAGCUGGAGGAGUGUGUACGCUCGGUUCAGAUGGACGGGCUCCUGUGGGGUGCGUCCAAAUUGGUGCCAGUGGGCUACGGCAUUAAGAAGCUGCAGAUCAACUGCGUGGUGGAGGACGAAAAAGUUGGCACAGACAUCUUGGAAGAGGAGAUCACCAAGUUUGAGGACUUUGUGCAAAGCAUCGAUGUUGCCGCCUUCAAUAAGAUCUGAGAAAAGUGCUGCUGUUCAUUAAAAUUUAAAAAUACAA